GCUUUGGCGGCUCCACUAUGGCGGCGGCGGGGAGGGGGGGCAGUAGUUUUAAAGUAGACACCCGCCCUUGCCUCAGAGAAGAUAUGACUUGGAAAGAACAAGAAAAGACUGAACUUUUUACAGAUAAUUUUUGUAAUAUAUGUGGAGUGGUGCUGCAGUUUGAAUCACAAAGGAUUUCACAUUAUGAGAGUGAAAAACAUGCUCAAAAUGUUAGGUUUUAUUUUCAAAUGCAUGGGGAACAAAAUGAAGUGCCUGGUAAGAAAAUGAAGAUGGAUGUUAGAAAUUUUCAGAUGCAUAGGAGUGAAGUAGUGGACAGAAACAAAUUUUGUGGUCUCUGCAACAUCAUUUUUAGCUCCCCAGUUGUUGCUCAGUCUCACUAUGUGGGGAAAGUCCAUGCUAAAAAACUGAAGCAAUUAAUGGAGGAGCAUGAUCAGGUAUCUCCAUCAGGAUUUCAGCCAGAGAUGGGUGUGCCUAUUACUACUUCUGCAGAGUCAACUUUUCUGAAGCCCCUUGUUGUCAAGCCUCCUCCAGGCGGGAUUAAAGACGAGACUAUGCCUUCCUCUUCCAGCAGUGCUUUGGAUUUGAAUAAUCCAAACAAGUAUUGCAAGCUCUGUCCUGCUUCCUUUAAUAGUCCAUUAAUGGCCCAACAACAUUAUGUUGGGAAAAAACACAAAAGAAAUGAAGCUAGGAAGAAGUUUGUAGCCAAGAUAAGAGAGAAACCUCUUCCAGCAAAAUCAGAUGCAAACGCAUUUAGUAUGAAGACCUACGUUUGUCAUAUUUGUAAUAUCACCUUUACAUCUUUAGAAAUGUUCCGGUCCCAUAUGCAAGGCAGUGAACAUCAAAUUAAAGAAUCCAUUGUUACCAAUCUAGUGAAGAAUCCAAAGAAGCCACCAGACUCUUACCAAGAUGAAAGUACAGAUUACAUCAAAGUACAGAAAGCCAGAGGACCAGAACCAAAGACUUGUUUCAGAAAGAUGGAAGAGACUUCUUUGGAAACCUGCGGGUACAGAGAAGCGGUUGAUUCCAGAUCCAGACAUAGAAUGUUUGAACAAAGACUCCCAUGUGAGACUUCCUGGACAUACCCAGGAUCAUGCAAUAUUUCACAAACAAUGGAAAACCAGUUACCUUAUUGCUUACCAGCUCACUCAAAGAACACAUAUGACUCUUUCCAAGAUGAACUGGAAGAUUAUAUCAAAGUGCAGAAAGCCAGAGGACUAGAUCCAAAGACUUGUUUCAGAAAGAUAAGCGAGAGCUCUGUGGAAGCCCAUGGGUACAGAGAAGUUGAUUCUGGACCCAGACCAAGAAUGUGUGAGCGAAGAUUUUCAUUUGAGACUUCUCAGACCUCCCAACGACCAUACAGUACUUCACCAGUGGAAAGCCAAUUACAUCACUGGUUACCAGCUCAUUCAAAGAGGUCAUAUGACUCUUUCCAAGAUGAACUUGAGGAUUAUAUCAAAGUGCAGAAAGCCAGAGGACUAGAGCCAAAGACUUGUUUCAGAAAGGGAAGAGAUAGCUCUGUGGAAACCCAUAAAUACAGAGAAAUGGUUGAUUCCAGACCCAGACAUAGAAUGUUUGAUCAGAGACUCCCAUUUGAGACUUUCCAGAAUUACCCAAGAUCAUCCAAUAUUUCACAGGCAGUGGAAAACCAGUUACCUCAUUGCUUACCAGCUCAUGACAGCAAACAGAGAUUAGACUCUAUGACCUACUGUCAACCCACCAGAGACUAUUUCCCAGAAAAACCAGUACCCCUGAGCCUUAGUCAGCAGGAAAACAAUUCUGGCCCAUACAGUGUAGAAUCUGAAGUUUACAAGCACCUCUCCUCAGAAAACAAUACCAGUGACCAUGAAGCAAGUCAUACGCGGAAACAUCAGAAGAGAAGAAGGCACCUGGAGGAAGGUGAAGAAAAGCCAGAGAAGGAGCAGUCGAAGCAUAAAAGGAAAAAGAGUUAUGGGGAUACAGAUCUAGACAAGGACAAGAGCAUCCAGGAAAGGAAAAGAGAGGGAGAUAAAGUCAGUUCAGGAAAGCUUAAGCAUCGAAAAAAGAAAAAAAGCCAUGGUGUUCCCUCUAAGAAGGAAGAACAUAAGCACAAGAAAGAGAAAAAGAAAUCUGUUGAAGAAAAGACGGAAGAGGAAAUGCUUUGGGAUGAGUCUAUUCUUGGAUUUUGAACUUUUAGCUUUGUUUACCCAACGAGAAAUCGGUUAAGAAUAGGGGAAUUUAGACAAAGACAGGAACAUCCAGUGAAGAAAAGGAGAGGUGAAUACAGUCAGUGUCAGUUCAGGAAAACUUAGUUUUUUGUGUGUAAAAAUUGAAAUUGAAUUGAAAGAAAAGACAAGCCUAAACCUAGUCUCUGAGAAAGAAGAACCUAAGAAGAACCUAAGAACACAAUAAGAACAUAAGAGAAAAGGAAGCCUGUUGAAGAAAAGACAAAAGUGUCUUUUGAACUUUUCAGUUUUGUUCCCUUAAGGUUGAAUUGAAGAAAUAAGUUGAGGAGUUUGGUUUUGUUAAAUUCAUGUUAUUGAAUUUUCCUAAGUGGACAGUUACUUUAACCGCUAACAAAAGCCAAGUUAAAUAAGAGUAUUUAAUAUGCCUUUUCCUCAAGUUAUUUUUCCUCAUUUAUUAAAGUGAAAGAAAACUUACAUGUUUCCUGUGUAUAAAGUAAUUUCCCUUAAUGAGGUUGUCUCUGCUCCUGUUCUUCAAAUUGCUGUGAUAGUGAAUUACUUACCUGUGGGAGAUAAUUUAUUUUAAAUGAGAGAAUUACCAGGCAUUACAGAAUCCAUCCCUUGUUUGGGUUUCUGUUAGUGUUGGUGGUAUUUUAUUGUUGUUAUUGUGUGUUUGUUUAUGUUUCUUGGUUUUCUCCAAGGAAAACGUGUGAAGCGAUUUAGACUAAUUUUUUGUUUGUUUGUUAAAUCUAAUUUGCAGUGUAUUUUUGUAUUUUCUAGUUCUGAAAGUGGAAAAUGAAACAGUCUAUAGU